AUUUAAUGUCAAAGACACAAACAAACAGAGAAUUCCUAAAACAAUAGAAACUAUAUAUAUAUAUAUGUGAAACAACCAUCACUAUUAAAUAUCUAAUUAAUUCUGCUAAUUAAAACCUAAGCAAGCUAGAAGCCACCUGAGCAACGAUUCCGUAGACCUAAAGUUACGGCAGUGCAGAAGAACCAGAACCAGAAGAAGAAGUACAGCCGUUGCCGCCGGAGCUCAGCUGGAGCCGGAGUCUGCGCUGAACAUCAUCUUGAUGAUCAUUUUCUGGCCUUUCUGGCAGUGGCCAGCCGCUAGCUCCACUGAUGAAGUAGAAGGGCCCUUGCCGGUCGAGUUUGACGAUGGUGUCGCCGGUGUUGGAGAAGAAGAGGGGACGCAUGGAGUUGCAUUUCAUGUACUCCUCCUCACUCACCUCCAUCGCCUGAGUCCUUCCUGUACCUAAAAUCUGAUGUAUUUAUCAAAACCAUGCAAUACAUAUAUCAAAUAACCACUCGAAAUAAAAAAUCUAUGUUUUCACUGUUUUUUUUUCUUUUUAACAUGAUUUUCGUGUUUAAGAAAAAAGGAAAGCCCAUAGAUUUCUUCCACAAAUUUUGUUUGUUGGGGAGUAAGACCAGGUCAAUAGAGAUAACCGUUAACAUGGUUGUUCCCCACUACCUCCAUGACCAUCACUGCAGCCAUAACUGCCUUGACGCCAUGUUUAUAUGAAUUAGAAGUAAUAUAUGAUAAUUGAAUUAUCGUCUUGGGUGAUGGCUUGGAAGACACGAUUUUAAAGUAAAAAAAAGAAAAGAAAAAUAAAUAAAGAAACACAGAGAUUUCUUCCACGAAUUUUGUUUGUUGGUGGGUAAGACCAGGUCACAAGAGAUAACCGUUAAUGUAGUUGUCCUCCCACUACCUCCAUGACCAUCACUGCAGCCAUAACUGCCCUAAUAGCAGCCAGCAGUUGCUCCAUUAUUCGCUUAUAAACUGAACCCCAACCCACCAAAUUCAUUCACAUUAUUAACCAAAGACCGCAAGAAUCUCCAUUCAUUAAUGGCUUCUCUCUCCGCCGCCCCCAUGCUGCUCUUUCUCCUCCUCCUCGCCCUCACCUCUAAUUCCUCCGCCGCCGCCGCUUCCUUCCACUUCCAAGUCGGCGGCACCCGAGGCUGGGCCGUCCCACCGCCCAACGACACCCGAAUAUACAACGACUGGGCCUCCGACAACAGGUUCCGUGUCGGCGACACCAUCCAUUUUAGAUACAGGAAGGACUCGGUGAUGGAAGUGAGUGAGGAGGAGUACAAGAAAUGCAACUCCACGCGCCCCAUCUUGUUCUCCAACACCGGCGACACCGUCGUCAAACUUGACCGGCAAGGGCCCUUCUACUUCAUCAGUGGGGCGGCUGGCCACUGCCAAAAAGGCCAGAAAAUGAUCGUCAAGGUGAUGUCCAGCCCUGACUCCGGCUCCAGCUCCAGCUCCGGCGGCAGCGGCAGCACUUCUACUUCCGAGUCUGGUUAUUCUGCACUACCGCAACUUUUGGCCUAUGGAGUCGUUGCUCAGUUGGCUUUCUCACGCCUCUUCUAG